CACCGUGGGAGCGCUCUGAGCUGGCGCACUGUCCAACACACUCCUGGACGUGCCACACACACAGAAGGAGCAGGGAGAGGACUUUUCAGAACGUAUCUAGAGUGGAUCCUGGGACUAUAGCUGAAAACUCUGUGGUCCAGGAUGAACUUUGCCGCCCAGUUCAUCUACGCCAACUACGUCGGUGAUGGAUCGCCCAGCAGAGUGGGAUUCAACGACAGUGAGAAUGACCCCUUCUGGCAGAGGUGGGACACUACAGAUUCAUCCCCCACCCAGUGUAUCCUACUACCCCCCCCCCCCCCCCCCCAACACCCAGAGGAACCCCCAAAGCCUCCAGAUGUAGUGACUCCUGUAGUGAUUCCUGCUGUGGCUCCUGUAGCACCUCCUAUGGCACCUCGUUCCCCUUCAUUCUUCCCCUGCACCUCCCCUUCUCUCUACCCAAGGUCAACCAAGCCCGCCAGUCACAACCUUAAUCCUCCACCAUCUUCCUCCUCCUUCUCCUCGUGCAAAGAAAUCUACCAAGUCCUCUACAGCCAUCAGCAAACCACUGCCUCAUCAUCCAGCAUCUCCUGUCCCCAAAUCUAAAGCCUCUAAAGCCGUCUCUGACCCCCAUCCUCCUCCACCUGAACCAGCCCCUCCACCCCAUCGAGCCUCCCCUGCUCCUUCUCUCCCCAGGUCCACAGUAGCUGGUACCACAAUGGAAACUUAAAGUGAAGUUCAAUUCUACCAGCUGGUUUGAAUUAUACCAUGCGGUCUAUCCAUUUCAGCAGUGAAUAUUGUGAGCAAAAUGUAGGAGCCUGUUGAGGGAUACAAAAUAGUCUACUACUUAAUGGUUAAUGUCAGAGUCUCUCCUCAACAUUAUAAAGUAAAUCAUAGUGUCAAUGUUCUAUGACUGCAUGCAUUAGGUGUUAAAAGUUAUUCCCAGAGUUGUGUCAAGUUGGCUGGAUGUCCUUUGGGUGGUCAGAGUGGUCCUCUGUAGCUCAAUUGGUAGAGCAUGGCGCUUGUAACGCCAGGGUAGUGGGUUCGAUCCCCGGGACCACCCAUACGUAAAAAUGUAUGCACACAUGACUGUAAGUCGCUUUGGAUAAAAGUGUCUGCUAAAUGGCAGAUUAUUAUUAUUAUUAUUAUUGAUACACACAGGAAAAUGUUGAGUGUGAAAAACCCAGCAGCAUUGCAGUUCUUGACACAAACCGGCGUGCCUGGCACCUACUACCAUACCCCGUUCAAAGGCAUUUAAAUAUUUUGUCUUGCCCAUUCACCCUCUGAAUGGCACACAUACACAAUCCAUGUCUCAAUUGUCUCAAGGCUUAAAAAUCAUUUUUUAACCUGUCUCCUCCCCUUCAUCUACACUGAUUGAAGUGGAUUUAACAAGUGACAUCAAUAAGGCAUCAUAGCUUUCACCUGGAUUCACCUAGUCAGUCUGUCAUGGAAAGAGCAGGUGUUCUUGAUGUUUUGUAUACUCUGUGUAUAGUAGAUAAUAUCCUGUAGCUAUGUAUCAUAACCACAAAAACAUGGUUAGAUUGGUUCUCUUUGGGGUUUUAGGCUGGGUUUCUGUAUAAGCACUUGGUGACAUCUGCUGAUGUAAAAAGGGCUUCAUUAAUAAAUGUGAUGAUUGAAAUAUAUUAUCAAUCUCAUUAACUAUUAUCAGAAUGAUUCGGCAAUGUUUUGACAUGAAGAAAAAGUAAUUACAUGUACAUGAUUGUAUUACUAUUAUAUUGAGUAUUGGUAUUAAUAACAAUCCAACUAAAACAACAAUAAGCAUCUAUCUGAUUCUACAUUACUCAUCACAUGCUAUAUUUGGUAACACUUUACAUGACACCCAGUGUUAUAACACGUUAUGACACGGUCAUAACCAUGCCAAAUAUGUCAUAACAGCUGACAUAACGUGUCAUAAUCUGUUAUAAUAUGGUCAUAACACUGUCAUGACACAUAUAUUUAGACCUGUUGUGACAUAUAUUGCAUUAUUUUAUGGCUUGUUAUGAUACCUACAUAAGAGUUAAAAAACCAACAAAACCUAUCACACAAGGCAAAACAUUCCAUUACACCAUAGCCUACAUGUCAACAUAAGAAGGAAAGAAAUUCCACAAAUUAACUUACCAAGGCACACCUGUUAAUUGAAAUGCAUUCCAGGUGACUACCACAUGAAGCUGGUUGAGAGAAUGCCAAGAGUGUGCAAAGCUGUCAUCAAGGCAAAGGGUGGCUACUUUGAAGAAUCUAAAAUCUAAAAUAUAUUUUGUUUAACACUUUUUUGGUUACUACAUGAUGCCAUAUGUGUUAUUUCAUAGUUUGAUGUCUUCACUAUUAUUCUACAGUUUAGAAAAUAGUAAAAAUAAAGGAAAACCCUUGAAUGAUUAGGUGUGUCCAAACUUUUGACUGGUACUGUACAGUAUAUAUAUUUUUUUUUUUUAUUGACAAUAUUAAAUUAACAUUGUAAUUGUGCACACGUUAAUGUCAGACAUGCACCUACCCUAAUGCUCUGUUGCUGAUGACUGGGAUGAAUGCAGGAGCAGAUUUCAGGAGCAGGACAAGACACCCUCUAUGUACGUGAUAGGCCUAUCUGGCUUAUAUGAUCAUGAUGGUCCUAAUGCUUCUUGACAGUGUCAUAAAGUGUAUUUUCUUAGUCCAAGUAAAGUGACUUAGGGUGGUCCUAAUGCUUCUUGACAGUGUCAUAAAGUGUAUUUUCUUAGUCCAAGUAAAGUGACUUAGGGUGGUCAUAAUGCUUCAUGACAGUGUCAUAAAGUGUAUUUUCUACAAGUUAUUUAAAAUAGGAUGAAAAAAAACAUGACUGUAAAGAAUUAAUUACAACAACCUAGGAUUUAAGAAACACACUUUCAAACGAAAGGAAACUUAUUGGCAGGGAAAAAACGAAUUUGAAUAAAUGUGAGUUUUGACACUCUUAUGUAGGAAUUAUAACCAGCCAUAAAAGAACACAAUAUAUGUCACAACAGGUGUAAAUAUAUGGGUCAUGACAGUGCUAUGACCAUGUUAUGACAAUUUAUAUCAGCUGUAAUGACAUAUUAUGACUGGGUGUCAAGUAAAGUGUUACCCUAUGGGUAAUUAUUGCAUGUACUUAAGACUGAGUUGAAAGACAAUUUAAUAGUUAUAAAUAAUGUGAAGACAUCCUUUAAUCAGAGAUUAAAUAAAUCAAGCAGAAGUGAAACUCUUGAGAACAAGAAAGGUGAAUCAAUUCCUUCCAACCAUUCCCUAACCUUAGAGCCAUGUGUUUGUGUGUGUGUGUUUGUGAGCGGGCGUGCGUGUGUGCUUGAAUGUGUGUGUGGUUAAUAGGUCAAAACUCUGGUAGUCAUAAGGGACAGCCAGGUGUACCUGGACAUGGAAAGAUCUGUGUGGAUUAUCUUAUAUUGUACAGAGAACAAGGUCACUGCCAUCACUCCCAGACAAUGUAAAGCAGUGGCUUAUUCCCACGUGUUCACACACACGUACAAACCUUAUUCCCAAAAACUCCCACCCAGUCUAUCAGAAGGCAAGGUGAACCGAUUACCAUAUUAUUUCCAAUUAAAUUAUUUCAGAAACAGAAGUGAUAAGGGUUAGGGGUCAAUUUUGAAUUUAGCAAUUCUCUCCUCCUGCUCACUCUCGUCACUCUACACUAUUAGAAAAUAAGGUGCUAUCUAGAACCUGAAAGGGUUCUUCGGCUGACCCCAUAGGAGAAUCCUUUGAAGAACCCUUUUUGGUUCCAGGUAGAACACUUUUGGUUUCAGGUGGAACCCUUUUGGGUUCCAUGUAGAACCUUUUCCACAGAGGGUUCUCGAUGGAACCAAAAAGGGUCCUACCUGGAACCAAAAAGGGUUCUCCUAUGGGGACAGCCGAAGAACCCUUUUGGAACCCUUUUUUCUGAGAGAGUGUAGCCCAUUGCUGAGACUGUUGACCUGAAAUGCAUGUGUAUAAUGGUAAGAGCUGUAUCCAACACUACAGAAACCCAACCACUACUCUUCAAUUCCAAGCCCUGUUUCUCUCCCUCUCUCCGCCAGCGAGGAUCAGCGUCUUGGGCCAACUAAACAGGGCUGCUCCACCUCCUCCAAGAGUACCUGCAACAAGGACGCCCCCGUCUGUAAUGGGGUUGAAGGCUGGAGGCCCACCCUCAUCCACCCGGAGCGCCUGAAGGACUUUGGUAUUGAGGAGGAGGAGUGCCUCAAUGGGGAAGUCAAGACCUUCGAGACCAAGGUGGUGGGCGCCCCUGAGAUCCAGCUAAUGGACCCACCCAAGACUAACAAGAAGAGAGGCAGCGAGCGCAAAGCAGUCGCACCACCCAAGCCUGAGUACCUUAGCUUCGAGGACAUCAGUGCUGCAGCCAUCAAAAUCCAGUCAGGGAUGCAGAAGACCCCCUGCACGGUAUGCCAGCUCCAGUUCAGAGCCUUCUGUACACCCUUGGAAAAAAUUUACUACCUAGAACCAUGAAGGGUUCUUUGGAUGUCCCUGGCCUGUAGGAGUCUAGGAGAACCAUUUUGUAUCCAGGGAAAACCUUUUCACCAAAGGGUUCUUAAAGGGUUAUUUUGUGGAGGGACGGUUGAAGAACCUUUUUAUUCUAGGUAGUAGUCUAUUUUCUAAAAGUAAACACUUUAAAUUAUGGCCCUUGCUUCAUGCAGAAGCUUAAUCACAUUCUGCUUGUUUGUGUUCCCAGUACUCCAGACUGUCCAAACAGUAUGGCAUGGAGAUCUUCCUAAAGAAGGAGCACCUCCACUACACAGGCUCAGUGAAGGAGAGAGGCGUUCUGUACCUACUCACCUCCCUCAACCAGGUAUGAAUCCCAAUGCAUUUCCCAAUGCAUCCCAGCUGGUGAACAGCUCAUUUAUUAAAACAAGUACCCAACAAGCUAACAAGUAGCUAACACGUAGGGCUGCAAAAUUCCUGGAAGUUUCAAUAAAUUCCCUGUUUUUCCCGAAAUCCCAGUUGGAGGAGUCCCGGAAUCAGGAGGGAAAAAGCAGGAAAUCUGGAAUCUUCCAACCAGGAAUUCUGGAAAACCAGGGAAUUUAUUGAAGGUUCCAGGAAUAUUGCAACCCUGCUGACAAGUAGCUAACAAGAAGCUAACAAGCUAAACAAAUACUAAUCACUUUAACAGUUAGCAAACUCCUAUCCCCCUCCACAGGAGCAGCAGAAGAAGGGAGUGAUCGUGGCUACAGACUGUAGCUUCUCCAUGGCCGUGGCCCACCAUGCGGUGGAGUUGAGGAUCCCAGUGUUUGUCAUCAUGCCAGCCAGCUGUGCCCAGCCCCACCUCAGAAUAUACAGAGACUAUGGCGCAAUGGUCAUCUCCUACGGUAGUACCGCCAGGGACUCCCUGAACCAUGCCCGCCACCUGGCCAAGGAAAACGGAUACCUCUGCCUGGAAGAGUAAGUCACCCUGGAGAUUGACUGCUUUGGUGGUUGCCCCACAUAGAUGGGCGCCAGGCCCAUAGCUCUCCUUUGUCUCAAAACAUGUACUGUACAGUGGGGACAAUGUGACACUGAUAAAUGGUUAUAUUGUAUCUCUCUUUCUCUCUCUCUAUUUUCUCUCUUCCUCUCUCACUUUCUAUCUCUCUCAGGGAUGAUAGUGCUCUGUACUUGGCAGGGCUGGGCACAGUAGGCAUGGAGAUCUAUGAGCAGGUGCCCAAACUAGAUGCAGUCAUUGUGUCCACUGGUGGGCAGUGUAGUCUACUGGUUAGCACAGCAGCAGCCAUCAAACACCUCAACUCACGCAUCACUGUCAUAGUAAGUGUUUCCUCACUCUCAAUAUGUGUUUAGUGUACUAUUGUCACAGUGAGUAAGUUGUAACCAUGCUCUCCAAAAUAAUAUUGGGAUUCAUAUACCAUUGUUCUCUUUGACAGGGAGUUGAACCAGAAGGAUUCCCACUGCUACUACAGUCCCUCAAAACAGGCAGCCCAGUGACUAGUGAACGUUACAGCAUCCCCAACAAUAAGCUUUAUGGAGGUACUGUACCCUUGUACACCUGUAGGCUUUCUGAACCCACACCUGCUCCCUGUGAUGUGGUCUUUCUUUUUCUUAAAUAGAUAUCAAUUGUCAUGGCACUACUCACUGAACCUAACGCCUAUAUCCCGCUCUCUAUCCCCAGAUAUAUUUGAGCACUCACUGGGGACACACACCUUCCAGCUGGCUAAGACAUUUGUGGACAAAGUCAUUACUGUCAGGUACUACAUCUCUAUGGAAGGGGAGGGUAUCUCUCACCACACAUUUGCCAUUGUCAUAGUAUCCUACAUAUAUGGACAUAGACAUCCCUCAGUUCCCCAGUGGCCUGAGUGUUUCCAGGACUCUAAAUUGGUAGCACUAAUGCUCCCAACUUUAAAAGGUUAGAAGCACCAAAGUAUUUAGGAGCACCAGAAAAGAGAUUAGGCCUAUAUGAAUCCUAUCCUGGAGGAGCUAUCCAGGAUCCCCUUUAUUUUUCUUUAGCUCCGGUCAUAUGAGUUAUACAUUUUGAGGUUUGGGCUAGAGUCUAGCAGUUUUAUGCAUUGCAAAGUUGCAACCAUGGUUCUCACAGGUGGGGUGCAAAGGGAAGUGAACACUGCCGCUACCUCGCUCUCCAAUCAAGGUGCAUGAACUGAGGAGCAAACCAGAGUGUUAAAAGCACAUGUCUCUGCCUUAGCCUUUAACAGAUAGAAAAGAAGGAUGCUUUUGUAUAUUUCUAAAUGGUCUCUUAUGGGUUCAGGGACCAAUCACAAUGGGAAUACAACACAAAACGUGAUUAGUUGCAAUAAUCCAACCAAUAGCCGGCCAUUUUCAAAUAUAUCAAAGUCUCUUUUAUUUGUGUCUGUAAGACCUAGAUAAAAUCUAAGUGCCGAAGUUGGUUAAACUUCUAAUAAUAAAGAAGUGCUUAAGAGUAGCUGAAUUUCCUCUUCACUCUCACAGGUGAGGUGAAAUGAUACAUUCUAUUGACUUUGCUCAUUGACUUUGCUCACUGCAAUAUGAUACAAAUGUAACAACAGCCGGAGCGCAGCGGGCAAGAAACACAAAUGUAACAACUUAGCUUGUUGCGCCUAACGGCACAAAUAUAAUUUUACCAUUCAAUGUAUUAUCUGGGUGACUAUUUUUCCAGGCCCACUUCCAGCUCGUACAGCUAAAUAUUUAGGAGCAUAUGGGAGCAAGAUGGUCGCAAAUUAGAGCCCAGAGUGCAGUAGAGUGUUUUGAUAAUAGUCCUUUAGCACUGCUGUUGUUCUCUCUCUCUCUGAGACUCUCUGACCUCUAUCUCUUCUCCUCAGAGAGGAGGACUCUCUGGUAGCCAUGCUGAGGUUCCAGGAGUUUGAACGCUCCACAGUAGACACAGAGGGAGCCAUGGGACUAGCGGCCAUCUUGGCUGGGCAACUACCAGAGCUAAAGGGCAAAAGGUGGGUUUACACACUGUUCAGGGUGUUUUUACUGUACCAAAACAUAGGAGUGAAUCCUAAGACUCCCAUUGACAUACUGUAAAUGCAUGACUAAAUGAAAAUUGGACUUAAGUGGAAAUUAGGAUUCACACCAUAGUGUCCAAAAUGUAACCUGUUGAUAUUCCGAUGAACUGAGUCUGCAUCUAUCUCCUUGUCUGCCCGCUGCAGGGUAGCUGUGGUGGUGAGCAGUGCUAACAUGGAGUUGGACCUGAUCAGACAGUGUGUUGACCGCGCCCUGAUUCUGGAUGACCGCGUCAACAAGUUUACAGUGCAGCUGGGGGACUUUCCGGGGGACAUGGCCAAGCUACUGGACAUGCUGGCAAGAGAGGACAUCAAGUGAGCUAAACACUAACAGAAGAACAGAUAGUUAUGACCUAUACUGUACAUCUGAAUAUGAAUACCCUAGUGUAUAAGAGGUUGAUUACUCCCUAUUUAUCUGAAACACACACACACACACAUCCCACACACAUAUCAGUGUGUGGUCAUACAGACUGACAAUAACCCAGUACUGCCAGAGCUUAUUAAUCAACAAAUUCCUGAUACCUGUGCUACAUAUGAAUGGAGAUGAGUGUGUAUAGUUAGAUUAUGGUGCAUAUAGUUAGAUAACUCUCUCUGUGACAGUAAUGCCACUGUGCCCAAUCUGGCCCUGUGACCCUGUUCCCCCACAUCCGAUCACAUCAGAAUAAGCCACAGUACAGGAGGAGGCUUUACCUGGCAGGAUGAUCAGUCUGGAUAUACAAAUCCUCUAACAGUGUGAAUUUAGUCUGCUCCUCUCUUCCUCCUCAUCCACUGUUUCUUUCUCUUGUUCUGUAUGUUUACAUCUGUUACCUCUCACUAAUGCUUCUUUUCAUCCUCCAUCUCUCAACCUCUACCUUUCUUUCUUACUCUCUCUCUCUCUCCCUCAGGUUGUUGGAUGUUUGCCACCGGAGAUACAGUGACAGAGGCGAUCUCUUCAAGGCCCAGGUACGACGGCCUUAGCCUUCUUCCCACCUUCCUCGCCUCUUCCCCCCGAAAUCCACUCAACUGCUUCUCAAAUGACUGUAUAUAUGAAGCGCUUCUCACACUGCCAUUGCCAUGGAAACCCUGGCUCGGUUGCCAAUGUGUUGGCAGUGCAGGGUGGUGUGAGAUAAGUAGUGGAUUCCGGGUCCAGUGCUGCUAGACAAUGUGUCAAUAUGUGAUUGAUUUGGAAGUGGUUUAUGACUCAGAAUUUCUGAUUGAGGCGUUGCCUACUAAUGUCAAGCAUGAUUUAAAAUUAUAGAUGUGUGAUGUCAACUGACUGUAAAGUUGAUAGCUGUAAAAUAAGUUAUGUACAGGUAAAGGUAGAAUAUUAUGUUACUACAAUGUAGCGGAUUAAGGAUAGUCAUAGAAUUGAGCCAGACUGGAAUCGAUUGGGACUUCAGGUGUGUUGAGUGUGUUGGGAGCAUGUUGGGUCGCAGGUUGACAUAAAGUCCAGUCAACUUUGUUCUAAGGGCAGAAAGAGUCUGAUUGGUUUAGGACAGAACAAAUACGAUUUGUUUCUAAAAGGUCAAUGAGUGGAGUAAGAGCCAUGUAUUAAGAGUUGGGCCAAUGCGGUUUCAGCAUUAUGAUGCAUUUAGAUGACACUUCAACAUUCUAUGGCAGCCAUGUUAGCGCCCCAUUACCAUUACAUGGGGAAUAUUAAAAAAUACUAUAAAACUGAAUGUCUAGAAUGAGCAUUAUGAUGCAUUUUCAUGACACUACAACAUUCUAUGGCAGCCAUAUUAGCUCCCCAUAGAGAGAAAUAGUAAUGGUGUCUUUUUGUAGGCACUAAAUCCGCCAUGGUUCGUUGGACAAAGCCUAUGGGGAUAUUAAUGGCAUUUUUGGAGGGUUUUUGGAUAAACGCUGAAAAUGAGGUCUGUGGCAAACACAGGCUUAGGAGAUCUUAUACGUUUUGUUCUAUGAGAUUAUCUUCAUCAGCUAACGUCACUUGUUGUGAAUUUUGAAGCAUUUUUACACUGCUGCUACUCGCUGUUUAUUAUCUAUGUAUAGUCACUUUACCCCUACCUACAUGUACAAAUUACCUCGACUAACCUGUGCCCCCGCAUAUCGACUCGGUACCAGUACCACCUGUAUAUAGCCUCGUUAUUGUUAUUUUAUUGUGUUACUUUUUAUUUUAUUUUUUACUUUAGUUUAUUUAGUAAAUAUUUUCUUAAUUCUAUUUCUUGAACUGCAUUGUUAUUUAAGGGCUUGUAAGUUAGCAUUCCCGGUAAGGUCUACACCUGUUGUAUUCGGUGCAUGUGACAAAUAACAUUUGAUUUGAUUUAUGUAAUCAAAAAAAGCAUGACCUUCAUAAUUCAUAAAGGUCAUGUUAACUCACUGAUAUUAUCUCAUAGAACUUAUAAGAUCUCCUAAGCCUGUUACCUCAGACCUUAUUUUUGGCAUUUAUCCCAAAUCCCUAUUCUUUCCCCAUUUAUUUUCCCCAUAGGAAUGGCUGAAAUAACCAGAAGUAACUCAUUUCCAGUCAACAUAUCUAUCAACGUGGUCCUCUGUAGCUCAACUGUAGAGCACGGGCGCUUGUAACGCCAAGGUAGUGGGUUCGAUCCCCGGGACCACCCAUACACAAAAAUGUAUGCACGCAUGACUGUAAGUCGCUUUGGAUAAAAGCGUCUGCUAAAUGGCAUAUUAUUAUUAUUAUUAUUAUUAACAUUAGAUGGGGAAUAUUUAAACAAUGCCAUGUAACCUAAUGUCUAGAAUUAAAACAAUAUUCAAAAUUCUAAAAGUUGGCCUAACUCUAAAUAUAUGGCUCUGGGUGGAGUUUAACAGACGCACAACUUUUGAAAACAUGGCGCAGGUUUGAACUAAGAAACUUGUAAAUAAACCUGAGUUACAAGUUGUAACGUUUUGAAAUCAUUAUUGUGCUACAGGAGUCAAAUGUGACAAUAUCUCUACGAUGAUACAACUGGUCUCCUGACUUGAAGGAAACAAAAAAAUGUAGCAAAUUAGCAGCAACAUGCUAAGCUAAUCAGAGCAAGCUAGCUAGCUAAACAUUUAGAAAUCUCUUAGCUACUCAUGUUGAAUUAAUAAAUAGAGCUAGCUAGGUGUCAAAUAUACAAGUAAGUCAGCUAGCGUUUGCUUCAUUGAAAUGUUAAAGCUGCAAUAUGUAACUUUUUGGGAAAUCUGACCAAAUUCACAUAGAAAUAUGAGAUCUGUCAUUCUCAUUGAAAGCAAGUCCAAGAAGUGGUAGCUCUGUUCUAUGUGCACUAUUUCUAUGCUUCUUUAAGUUUUGUUUUUGUGUCUUUUACUUUUGGUUUUGUGCACCAGCUUCAAACAGCUGAAAAUACUAUUUUUGGUAAUGGAAAAUAUACUUCACAGCGGUUUACAAUGAUUCUCUACAUAAACUAAAAUUAGGCGAACUAAUUGAAUUUUUGCAACCAGGAAAUGGCGGAGCAAUUUCUGCAUACUGCAUCUUUACAUUGAAGAAGCUAUAUGAACAAAAAUGUGGAUGGACAGUUAUGCUGCCCCAGAGGCAGCAACGUAAAAUGCUAAGCUAAACAGAGCUAGUUAGCUAGCAGAUAGCUAUCUCUUACUAACAUUGAGUCAUAUAAUAGAGUUAGCUAGCUAGGUCUCAAAUAUACCAGUAAGUCAGCUCCCACUUAAAUAUUUGUUGAAUAAGCUAUCUAUAUAAAUAAAAAAAUUGGAAUGGACUGUUAUGCUUCCCUGGGGGAAGAAAUUUAAAAUGCUACGCUAAACUGAACUAGCGGGCUUAGCAAAUGUUAAAUCAUAAAAGCUAGAGAAAAUGAUAUGAAGCAAAAAUAAUUGGUAAGAUUAAGCGUAAUAAACAAAAAAUUGGAAUGCACUGUUUAAAUGCUGCUCCAGGGGCAGUAAUAUUAAUUUGGGUGAAGAUAACCAUAGGAUAUAAUUUAGAUAAGUCAUAUACUUUUUUUGUAUUACUUUUUGCGCUUGAAGUCUGCCCUUAGGGCACUAAAGUGAUCUUAGCCCAAACUAACAUUACUGCCACUGGGAAAGCAUUUAAACAGUGCAUUCCAAUGGCUUCAACAAGGGCAGUAAAUACUUUUUUUAUUACCUUUAGUGCUUCAAGUCUGCCCUUGGGGCACCAAGUGAUCUUGACCCAAACUAACAUUACUGCCCCUGGGUAAGCAUUUAAACAGUGCAUUCAAAUGGCUGCCCCGAGGGCAGAUCAGACUUUUUAAAAUGACUUUUUGUGCUUGAAGUCUGUCCUUAUGGCCUCAAGGGAUCUUGACCCAAACUAACAUUUCUGCCCCAAUGGCAGCAUAAACAGUCUGUUCCAAUUUUGGAGUUUAUAUCUACCUAUUGGCAGAUUUGAGACCUAACUUGGUAGCUAUUUCUAUUUUAUAAUUCAACAUUAGUAUGAGAUAGCGCUUUGCUCAGCUAAGCUACACUUAGCUUAGCUUAGCAUUUUACGUUUCUGCCCCCAGGUAAGCAUAACAGUCUAUUCCAAUUUUUCUGUUUAAAUGGCUUAUUCAAUUAAAUAUUUUGAUCAAGUAAGUGGGAGCUGAUUUACUAGUAUAUUUGAGACCUAGCUAGCUAGCUAGCUCUAUUCUAUGACUCAACAUUAGUAAGAGAUAGCUUUCUGGUAGCCAACUAGCUCUGUUUAGCUUAGAACUUUACUUGGCUGCCCCCGGGGCAGCAUAACUGUCCAUCCCCAUUUUUUAAAGUUUUAUACCUUAUUCAAUAAAGCAAAUGUUAGCUGACUUGUAUAUUUGACAGCUAGCUAGCUAGCUCUAUCUUUUUAAUCAACAUGAGUAGCUAAGAAGUUGCUAAAUGCUUAGCUAGCUAGCUUGCUCUGAUUAGCUUAGCAUGUUGCUGCUAGCUUACUACAUUUUACUAUUCAGGAGACCAGUUGCAUCUUGGAGAUAUUGUCACAUUUGUCUGACUACUGUAACACAAUAAGGAUUUCAAAAUGUUACAACAUUUAACUGAAAGUUUUAUUUACAAGAUUCUCAGUUCAAACCUCCGCAAUGCUUUCAUAAAUUGUGCAACUGUUAAAACACUGCCCAUUGACCUUUUAGAAACCAAUCGGAUUUGUUCUGCCCUAAACCAAUCAGAUUAUUUCUGCCCUUAGAACAAAGUUGACUACACUUUAUGUCAAUCUGCUGUUGGCAGGACAGAUGAUAUAACCACAUAGCAAUUGUACGUUUUAAACGUGUGUUAGUGGGUCAAUGUAUAAUUAGUUUAGACACUCCAGUGUUUAUUUACAGUUGACAGACAGUGUGUGUAUGUAGCACUAGCAGCGAGAGAUUAUUAGGAUUAAAUCUGUGUUGUGUGCCCACAGGUGGAGUGUGUAGUGGAGACCAGGGAUAAAACACAGAGCACUCAGCUCCGCAGGACACUGUCUGAGCGCUACCCCACACUACGCUGGCUGGAGCGGUGAUCAACACUUGUCAUGGCUCUCAAUCUGAACACCCACACACACACGGACAAAGCAUGUACACGCAUGUACAUACACACCCACAAUGAAACAGAAACAUUGUGAAUAUAUAUGCAAACUAACACAAAAUACAUGCAUUGAAAUCUUUGCUGCAGAGAGGAGAUACAAUUAAAUACUGGAAUAUAUGGCAUUUACUGCAUAUACUGCUCUGAUGAGAAAACAAUA